AUGCUGUCUACGGAUAAGCCUGUGAUGCCACGCCUUGCAGCGUUGCUUGCCUGCCUUGUACUGGGAUAUAUGCUAUGGGGCGCCGUAUACAAUCUAUUCGUUAAUCCUCUUCGCAAGGUUCCAGGCCCAAUACUGUGGGCGAUCUCACCCCUUCCCCAUGCUAUUAUGCACUGUUCCGGGACGCCUCAUAAAAAGAUUCGUGCGUUGCACCAAAAGUAUGGUGAUGUCGUUCGUACGGGACCCAACUCAGUUUCUUUACUCAAUCAUGACGCCUGGAGGCAAGUGUAUGGCCAUCGCAAGGUAGGACAGCCAGAAAACCUCAAGGAGACCUCGUACUUCCAAGCAGUCCCCCAUAGCCUUAUUGGCGCAGAUUCGGAGAACCAUUCUCGAGCUCGCCGGAUACUUGCCAAUGGGUUCUCUGCACAGAGCAUGAUCAAGCAAGAAUCUCUGAUGGGGGUUUACAUUGAUCUUUUCUUUGAGCGAUUGAGGGAACACUGUAUUAGCGGUAAGCCCGUUGACGUGGUUAAGUGGUACAACUACCUGACAUUCGACAUAAUUGGCGACUUGUCGUUCGGAGAGCCCUUCGGCUGCCUGAAAAAUUCGAAUUAUCACACUUGGGUUGCUAUGAUAUUUGAACAAUUCAAAGAGAUCCAGGUGUUGUCGCAGCUGCGACGAGCUUACCCAAGCCUGAAUGCCGCCAUCAACUCGAUACUUCAAACGUUCGCUGCGAAGAAAAUACGGGAGCACAAUGAGUUAGUUGAGAUCAAUGUCAAGAAGCGGCUGGCUUUACAGUCGGAACGACCUGACUUUAUGGACGCCAUGACUGCGCCAGGUCCAGAUGGCAAACAGAAAUUAUCUCUCGAAGAAGUGCAGGAUAACGUGAAUCUCUUGCUUAUAGCUGGUUCCGAAACGACUGCAACCACGCUAUGUGGCAUAACAUCCUUGCUGUGUGCAAACCCUCAAGUGCUGGCUAAACUUCGCGAUGAGGUCUUGUCGGCAUUUAGCACCGAGGCCGAAAUCACUCUUCUUAGUGUCCAGAGACUCAAAUACAUGACGGCAGUCAUUGACGAGAGUUUACGAAUCUAUCCUGCUGUGCCCACUGCCGUGCCACGUAUAAUCCACGAAAGUUCUAUAAUCUGCGGGGCAUAUCUUCCCCAGGGCACCCUGGCGGAUAUCUGGCAUUGGAAUAUGUACCACAGCGAAAGUCACUUCGCCUUGGCAGAGUCGUUCAUUCCCGAACGAUGGCUAGGCGAUCCACGGUUUGCAAGCGACAAAAAGGAUGCAUUUCAACCCUUUUCCUAUGGAGCACGGAACUGCCUGGGCAGGAACCUUGCGUACGCAGAGAUGAGACUAAUUCUGGCAAGGCUCAUUUGGAACUACGAUAUCUCAUUAGUCAACGAAGCAGAUAAAGACUGGGUUAAGGACCAGCGGAUGUGGCUCUUGUGGGAUAAGCCGUCCUUGAACAUACACCUUGAACCCCGUAAGGACCAGUGA